GGGGAAUGGAUUCUGCAGCUUGGCUUAAACCAAACUGAAUUAUUUCCAAAGUUACAAGCAGGACUAAGUUUCCCGAAAGCACAAGGGCUUUGUGGAGGAGAUGUGAAUACUUUAAAAGCUGGAUAUUGGUAAGAAGCGGGAAGAGGACAAUGAAUCUUGAAUUCGUAUGUUCAAAAGUGAAAAUAUUGGAGUUUCUGAGUUUCAAGGUAAUGUAGAAGGUAAGCAAGCAGGCAUUGUCGGUAUCCUGAGGGAUCAUGUCCAAGAACUUUACAGAACCCAAAGGCAGAGGAGAGAGCCAGGAAUGCUGGUGUCCUGAGGAACAUGCGGCAGUGGCACUGCUCUUCCUGGGCCCCUAGGGGCGCACCACUGAGAAGCAUCAAAAGCACCUUCAGUUUGGCAGUCUGGAAAAGGAGAUCUUGCAGCUGAAAUCAAGACUUCAAAAAUUCCAGUGUUGAAGCAGUUCUGAAUUGAGAUCUCAUAAUUCCCAAGAACAUAGCAAUGAGGCCUAUUCAGCAACACACAAGGAAGAACAGCCUUUACAGGCCAGGAUCCACUGCAUAUAGGAAUCUUUCUCAUUGAAAGCUACAGAGCUCAAGAGUAUCUGCAUUUGGAGAAGAGCCUGGGAAGCAGCUAUCCAAGCACUGGGUGCAUUCCAAUCUCAGGUCCCUCGUUGGCUGCUCGUCAGAUUUCUCUCUUCAAUUCCAAGCGCAUCUUAUGUAAACAAUAGUGUCUGUGAUAGUGGAUGUGAUUGUGUGCUACCUGGAUCUUCUAGCUGAAAUCCUUCCAAGAAUUUCCUUCAGUCAAUGGGAGCCACCUCCCCUGAAGUUAUGGCUCCAGGUGAAGAUUAAACAGCUGUAGAAGUGUCAUCCAAGAUUGGCCAGACUUGCAAUUUGAAGAUACCAACUGACAGUGUGUCAUCUUCCUUGAAGAGCAAGGUCAUCUUAAGAUUCCCAGAUAAUACUGAUGGAGAAUUGUACGGAAGUGACAAAGUUCAUUCUUCUAGGACUAACCAGUGUCCCAGAACUACAGAUCCCCCUCUUUAUCUUGUUCACCUUCAUCUACCUCCUCACUCUGUGUGGGAACCUGGGGAUGAUGUUGCUGAUCCUGAUGGACUCUUGUCUCCACACCCCCAUGUACUUUUUCCUCAGUAACCUGUCUCUGGUGGACUUUGGAUACUCCUCAGCUGUCACUCCCAAGGUCGUGGCUGGGUUCCUUAGAGGAGACAACGUCAUCUCCUACAAUGCAUGUGCUGUUCAGAUGUUCUUUGUAGCCUUGGCCACGGUGGAAAAUUACUUGUUGGCCUCAAUGGCCUAUGACCGCUAUGCAGCAGUGUGCAAACCCCUACACUACACCACCACCAUGACGGCCAGUGUAGGUGCCCGUCUGGCCCUAGGCUCAUAUGUCUGUGGCUUCCUAAAUGCCUCAUUCCACAUUGGGGGCAUAUUCAGUCUCUCUUUCUGUAAAUCCAAUCUGGUACAUCACUUUUUCUGUGAUGUUCCAGCAGUCAUGGCUCUGUCUUGUUCUGAUAAACACACUAGUGAGGUGAUUCUUGUUUUUAUGUCAAGCUUUAAUAUCUUUUUUGCUCUUCUAGUUAUCUUUAUCUCCUACUUGUUCAUAUUCAUCACCAUCUUGAAGAUGCAUUCAGCUAAGGGACACCAAAAAGCAUUGUCCACCUGUGCCUCUCACUUCACUGCAGUCUCCAUCUUCUAUGGGACAGUAAUCUUCAUCUACUUGCAGCCCAGCUCCAGCCACUCCAUGGACACAGACAAAAUGGCAUCUGUGUUCUAUGCUAUGAUCAUCCCCAUGCUGAACCCUGUGGUCUACAGCCUGAGGAACAGAGAAGUCCAGAAUGCAUUCAAGAAAGUGUUGAGAAGGCAAAAAUUUCUAUAAGUUUGGAAUUUUAACAUUGUUGUAUACACAAAAAUGUUGUUUCACUCAUCUCAGACUUUCCUCAUGCAAUGAGUUACAUUUGAAACCCCACAAUACAUUUAAGUUCAUGAGGUGAUAUUCUUACCUCUUUAGAAGUCAAUUUUUUAAUAAAAAUAAAAUAUUAUCAGCAAUGUAAUACCUGAAUGAGGAAGGCUAAAGGGAAAUGUUAGAAUUUUUGGAACUUGCUGGUCAAAACUUACUGAUGACAUUCGGUUUACUCACUUGUUCCCCUUGCACUUUUUCUACCACAUUCCAAUGCAAACAUACUUGUUAAACAGGGACACCAACAAGCCCACAAAAAAGUACAUGUUUAUGCCUCUUGUGGGCACAUAGGCAUUAGAAGGAGAAAUUUACUCAGAAGUAAAUGGAGUGUGGCUAGUUUUUAUAUAGAGGAUGUAAGUAAUUAAUUUAGUAUUAUAGUAUAAAUUUAUUUUUGAAUAGACUUUAAGAACAGUUUUAUGUUCACAGCAAAAUGGAGAGGUAAGUACAGAGAUUUCCCAUAUACCUUCUGCCCCCACAUACAUAUACCCUCCCUUAUUGUCAAUAUCCUCCAACAGAGUGCUACAUUUUUUACAAUUGAUGAACCUACAUUGACACAUCAUUAUCAUCUCAAGACCAUAAUUUACAUUAGGAUUCACUCUUGCUGUUGUCCCUUCUAUGGAUUUGAAUAAGUGUAUAAUGACAUCUAUUUAUCAUUAUAGUAUCAUAUUGAGUAGUUUCACUGCUCUAAAACUCUUCUAUGCUCUACUUAUUCAUUCUUCCUUCUUCCCUAACCCCUGACAACUACUGAUCUUUUUCUGUCUCCACAGUUUUGCUUUCUCCAGAAUGUCAUAUAGUUAAAAUCAUAUGGUAUGUAACCUUUCCAUAUUGGCUUAUUUCACAUAGUAAUAUGCAUCUGUUUUCUCCAUAACUUUUCAUGGCUUGAUAGCUCAUUUCAUUUUAGCACUGAAUAUUGUCUAUUGUCAAGUGGUAUCGCACUUUAUUCAUGUACCUACUGAAGGAUAUUUUGGUUGCUUCCCUAGUGUUGGCAGUUAUGAAUAAAGCUGCUAUAAACA